AGGUGCUUCUCUCUCUUCCAACUGAAGCAUUUCUCAUAUAGGCUCAUAGCUAAGAAGGAAAAGUCAGAAGACAAGCUUAGAAAAAAACGUGCAGAUAUGGGGGCUCUAAUUUGGCGCCUUGGGCUAUUUUCCUUGUCUCUUCUCUUCACCUCAGAUCUAACUACGGCAACAAUAUUAAGAGAUGAAGGACACCAAGAAAUCUCAUACCAAUUUAAUACUCAAUUGGAUUCAGUUCCCAUAGUUAACCCUACAACACCAAGCACAGCAAGCCCAUACCCAACAUUAAACCCAACAACUCCUCAAUCACCGUACACAACAAGACAAAGCCCACCAACACCAACAACUACAACCCCACCCACUUACAUGACUCCUACAAACCCCACCACAUCCCCAAACACAAACCCAAACAAUAGCCCAUCAAUAACCCCAACUACAAUGCCAACAAGCCCAAAUACAAAUACAAAUCCUACAACCCCAACGUCUCCUGCUAUAUCAGGAGUUCAAUGGUGCAUUGCAAGUGCGUCAGCACAGGACAAGGCUCUGAAAGUGGCUCUUGACUAUGCUUGUGGGUAUGGGGCUGAUUGUUCAGCAAUUCAACCUGGAGCAAGUUGUUAUAACCCAAACACACUGAAAGAUCAUGCUUCUUAUGCUUUCAACGACUACUACCAGAAGAAUCCAGCACCUACUAGUUGUUCAUUUGGAGGAACAGCAACACUUACAAACAAGGAUCCAAGUAAUGGGAACUGCCACUAUUCGUCGUCCAAAUCAUUAAGCAUGAGUCCACCAACAUCAUAUGGAAGCCCACCAAAUGGAAUGAUGAGUCCAACAACAGCAGGAGGAAGCACCAUGACCCCAACUGCACCAGGAGGCACCACAAUGACCCCAUCAACACCAAGCAUGACAAUUCCUGAUGGAGCAUCUGUUUAUGGCCCAACUGGAAGCCCAAGCAAAGCCACACCUCUUUCUCAAUCCUUCAUGCUUCUCUUUGUUUCUGUGUUUGGCUGCCAAUGGGCUAUUCACCUCAUAUAGAGGAUUAUUCUUGCACCUAGCUGGAUUCAAAGCAAGAGGGUCGAUGACCAGAAAACAAAAAAGAAAACACCAAUGGGGUCUAUUAGUACUGCUCAUCAUCUUCUUCUUCAUGUGAAUGAUGAUAUAAGCUGUGGGAAUUCACUUAAGAUCAUUUUCAGCCAGCUGCCUUGUGCUCUAAUAUGUGAAAGACUUGCUUAUAGUUUGAUUAUAAAGGCUAGGAGAGUUGACAGAGAUAGGAAAGAUUUAUAGGUUGUUGUAAACAGGUUUUACACAGAGAAAUAAAUUAUUAUUAUUAUUAUUAUUAUUAUUGAGUCUUCUGUA